AUGGGAUUAUCGUCGAUCCUACAACAAAUUGAUCGAAAAGGUAAGGUAGCUAGCAAGCCCCCUGUACAGACCUCCGAUGCCGUGAAACAACAGGAGGAUGCGAAAGUUUACAGUUUUUCCAAAAGACUGCUGAGUAUUGACCGCCCGGUAGAUCCAGUAAUUGCUAGGUUAAAGGAGAUUCGGCGACUAGAAAGGGAAAGAAGUGAGCAAGGAAAGCCAAAGAAACAGGAUGGAAAACCUAGAAGACCUCGAGAGGGAAAGCUGAAUCUCAAAAGGGUUCAAGCGCCUUCUUCUAAUGCAUCAACGCCAGCACCGCCAGCACCUCGGCAACAACAACAACAACAACAACAACAACAACCGGCAAGACCAAAAAUGACUUUUAGUGCGCUCAUGAAAAAGGCAGCUGAGAUUGACCAGAAUAAGUUUUCUUUGAGGUAUCCUCAAAAAUCGAAUACUGCAGAUGCAACAUCCAAGCCCAAGAAACCUUUGCCAAACUCAACACCAAAGAUUCCCGAGAGAGCUAACCAUGUGAAACUGGGCUCCAAGAUGGACAAGGUCACCGGUACAAAAGAAAUAUCACCACCUGUGAGUAAGAGAAAGAAUGCAACCAAACUGGGUGAGGUGGUGACUAAAGCGAAACCUAAAGGAAGCACCCCCACAAUGUUAAGACAAGCCAACGCAAAGAUCCAAGAAAUGCUAAAAAAGAAAAAGGAGAAUACAUCAAAAAGCUCAACUAGAAACCGGUACGGAGAAUAUGAUGACGAGGAGGAGGAUCUAAGUGAUUUUGUAGCCUCUGAUGAGGACGAAGUUGAAGAAAACUAUAAUAGAGAUGAGAUUUGGGCAAUGUUUAACAAAGGGAAAAAGCGACAAUACAACGAUGCUUUUAUUGAUGACGAUGUGUCUGACAUGGAAGCUACUGGUGCAGAGGUCUUUGAAGAAGAACGCAGGUCAAAGAUCAAUGCCGAGAGAGAAGAUCGUCUUGAACAAGAACGGUUGGAGAAGUUGGCUGCAAUGAAAAGAAAGAAGUUGAAACAGUAA